CGAGCGUCUGCGGCGCGCGUGCCCGUGCGCGCGCCCGCGGAGGCGGGUUGGGGGUCGCGCGGGGCGGCAGCGGCGCGAGCGCGCAGCCCCCGCGCCUCUUCCCUCCGCGCUCCCCGCUCCAUCUGGAACCAGGACGUGGAUGUUACAUGAAGACCCUGUGUGGACAGUAAUGACCGCACGUUUCCGAUUGCCUGCUGGCAGAACCUACAAUGUCCGAGCAUCUGAGCUGGCACGAGACAGGCAGCAUACGGAGGUGGUCUGCAACAUUCUUCUCCUGGAUAACACUGUACAAGCUUUCAGAGUUAAUAAACACAAUCAGGGCCAAGUUCUGUUGGACGUAGUCUUCAAGCAUCUUGAUUUGACAGAGAGAGAUUACUUUGGUUUACAGUUGGCUGAUGAAUCUACUGAUAACCCUAGGUGGUUGGAUCCAAACAAACCUAUCAGGAAACAAUUAAAAAGAGGAUCUCCUCACAGUCUGAACUUCAGAGUUAAGUUUUUUGUAGGUGACCCAAACAAGCUCCAAGAGGAAUAUACAAGGUACCAGUACUUUUUGCAAAUUAAACAGGACAUUCUUACUGGAAGAUUGCCCUGUCCUUAUAAUACUGCUGCUCUUCUGGCUUCCUAUGCUGUUCAAUCCGAGCUGGGAGACUACAACCAUUCAGAAAACUUGCCAGGCUACCUCUCAGAAUAUUCUUUCAUCCCUAGCCAGCCUCAAGACUUUGAAAAAGAAAUAGCAAAAUUACAUCAGCAGCACAUAGGGUUGUCUCCUGCAGAAGCAGAGUUCAAUUAUCUCAAUACAGCACGUACCUUAGAACUUUAUGGAGUUGAAUUGCACUAUGCAAGGGAUCAGAGUAACAAUGAAAUAAUGAUUGGAGUGAUGUCAGGUGGAAUACUAAUUUUUAAGAAUCGAGUACGAAUUAACACCUUUCAGUGGUUGAAGAUUGUAAAAAUUUCUUUUAAGUGCAAGCAGUUUUUUAUUCAACUUAGGAAAGAACUGCAUGAAUCUAGAGAAACAUUACUGGGAUUCAAUAUGGUGAAUUACCGAGCAUGUAAGAAUUUGUGGAAAGCUUGCGUUGAGCAUCACACGUUCUUCCGUUUGGACAGACCACUCCCACCUCAGAAGAACUUUUUUGCACAUUAUUUCACUUUGGGUUCCAAGUUCCGGUACUGUGGGAGAACAGAGGUCCAAUCUGUGCAGUAUGGUAAAGAAAGAGCAAAUAAAGACAGGGUAUUUGCAAGAUCCCCCAGUAAACCCCUGGCACGGAAAGUAAUGAGUGGGAUGGAUUGGGAAGUAGUGAGUAGGAACUCACUGUCUGAUGAUAGGUUGGAAACACAGAGCCUCCCGUCACGGUCUCCACCUGGAACCCCAAAUCAUCGGAACUCUGCCUUCACUCAAGAAGGAGCCCGGUUACGACCCUCGUCAGUCGGACAUUUAGUGGAUCAUGUGGUUCACACCUCCCCCAGUGAAGUAUUUGUAAAUCACAGAUCUCCAUCCUCCACCCAGGCCAACAGCAUCAUACUGGAAUCAUCCCCAUCUCAAGAGACUCCUUUAGAUGGGCAGCCUCCAGCGUUACCACCCAAACAAUUUAAAAAGAACAGUUGGAACCAAAUUCAUCAUUCACACUCACAGCAAGAACUGGAUAACCAUAUUAAUGAAACAUUUGAUGUUCCUGCAUCACCUGAAAAAUCCACCCCCAAUGGUGGUGUCCCCCAUGACAAUCUUGUUAUGAUCAGAAUGAAACCAGAUGAAAAUGGAAGGUUUGGCUUCAAUGUAAAGGGCGGAUAUGAUCAGAAGAUGCCAGUAAUAGUGUCCAGGGUAGCUCCAGGAACACCUGCUGAUCUGUGUGUCCCUCGUUUGAAUGAAGGGGACCAGGUUGUCCUGAUUAACGGCAGGGACAUAGCAGAGCAUACCCACGACCAAGUUGUAAUGUUUAUUAAAGCUAGCUGUGAGAGACACUCAGGGGAACUUGUGCUCCUAGUUCGACCCAAUGCUGUCUACGAUGUUGUGGAAGAGAAGCUGGAGAGUGAGCCUGAUUUUCAGUACAUCCCUGAGAAAUCUCCACUUGAUGGUGUCCAUCAAGAUGAUAAUGCUCUGAGGGAGUCCAUGAUUCAAUUAGCAGAGGGGCUUGUCACUGGAACUGUCCUGGCUCAGUUUGAUCAAUUGUAUAGGAAAAAGCCUGGAAUGACAAUGUCUUGUGCCAGAUUACCUCAAAACAUUUCCAAAAAUAGAUACAGAGACAUUUCGCCUUAUGAUGCUACACGGGUUAUUUUAAAAAGUAAUGAAGAUUACAUCAAUGCAAAUUAUAUAAAUAUGGAAAUCCCUUCUUCCACAAUAAUAAACCAGUACAUUGCUUGCCAAGGUCCAUUACCGAACACUUGUCCUGAUUUUUGGCAGAUGACUUGGGAGCAAGGCUCUUCCAUGGUUGUGAUGUUAACAACUCAAGUAGAACGGGGCAGAGUUAAAUGCCAUCAAUACUGGCCAGAGCCAUCUGGAAGCUCAUCAUAUGGGAAUUUUCAGAUUACCUGCCAUUCAGAAGAAGGAAAUCCUGCUUAUGUCUUUCGAGAAAUGACAUUGACUAAUCUGGAGAAAGAGGAAAGCCGCCAGCUAACCCAAAUCCAGUACAUUGCAUGGCCUGAUCAUGGGGUUCCUGAUGAUUCCAGCGAUUUCCUCGAUUUCGUGUGUCUUGUGCGAAAGAAGAGGGCUGGCAGAGAAGAACCUGUGGUUGUUCACUGCAGUGCUGGGAUUGGCCGGACAGGAGUUCUGAUCACGAUGGAGACAGCGAUGUGUCUCAUUGAGUGCAAUCAGCCGGUUUAUCCUCUAGAUAUUGUAAGAACCAUGAGAGAUCAAAGAGCCAUGAUGAUCCAAACACCUAGUCAGUACAGAUUUGUAUGUGAAGCUAUUUUGAAGGUGUAUGAAGAAGGAUUUAUUAAACCUUUACAAGUAUCACUGCAUAAGUAAAGAGCAAAAAACCUGUGAUAUCAAUUGAGGAAUCCUGUCCUCUAUAAUGAACUGGCAACAUUCUUUGUGCCAUAAUACUGCUUGCAGGAAAUGAUAGUGAAGUACAGCAAAGAAUUGACAAAGGACUUUGAAAACUUCAGCACUGUUGCACUUUACGUUGAAACAAAAUCAGUCUCUGAAACUCUUCUAACCUUCGUUUGUUUGAAGACUUUAUUUUCGUGAUUUGCUCCGAACAAACCAUGGACUGAAAGAACUGAUUGUGUUCAGGGUAAUCGACGAUAUUUCAUUGUAGUGCCAUAUACUGCGCUUCUGGUUGAAUAGCUACAAACAAGGCUUGGAAUUAUUUCACUCUGUUUUACACCCAUGUCUCUUAAAAUGAAAAACAAAUGAAAAAAUACACUAAGCCAUGGUCUUUUUCCAGUGCUAGGUUUAUUUACUAUGUACAGACUCUCACAGUUUUGUUUUUUACAACAUUAGCAAUAUUGCCAAUAUUAGAUAGAUACACACUGCCUACUGAUGCAGCACACUUUGUCCUACACCCUUACUAGAGACCAGCUGGUUGUUAGAGGAGAGCUGGCAUCUGUUAACCCAGCAGUAGCUGCAUAAUGCCCACUUACCAGCAUCUUGUACAAAAUAAUAACAAUAAAAAUUUUAAAAAACCAACACAUAAAUAAACAGCAUUUCUUUGGCACAGCUUGUGUGUCAUACACUGGUGUAUUCUGAUUUGUGUGACUUCAGAUUAUGUGAUGGGAACUAGUGCAUGCAUUAUGUCUUAACCCCUUAAGUGCCUUGAGACUUACAGCGUACAUCCAGUGAAAGGCACUCGUGAUUCCAUGGGGGUGGUAUUGUCCUGUCAUAUUUAUCUUAAUGGGUUCAAAUUUUUUAAAUGGCCCUUGGUGCUUGGAAUAUGUUACCACAAGGGGUCAUGGAAAUACCAUUCCCUCUUUCUUUAUAUAAGUACCUGUGUGCUACUCUCUGUAGCAAAAGCACCUCUGCCAACUUAAUGAAUGAGCAUUGUGCUGCUGUGCUGUAAUUAUAUCAAAAAUCUGACACAUUCCUUCAUUCCUUCCAACUAGUAACUUACUAGCAUCUUACUACAAAAUGCUGGAAGGUCAUUAGAAGCUGAUACCUUGUUCUAUCCUUUUAUUGAGAAUAGCUGUUUUACUCGAUUAGACAUAACUCUUUAAUAGCACUGAUAAUUAAGUUGAAUUUACAAUCAGAUGAGAUUUAAUUCCAUUACCUUCUAACUAACUUGUUAAGUCCUAAUAGUUGAUUUCAAGCCAUGUUCGUACCGCUCUGCCUUUUAUUUUCUUUUCUUUUCUUUGGAGGGGAGAAGGGAGGAGAACACUAUGAAGUUAUCCCAGAACUUAAUUUUAAUUUCAUGAUGACCCCUGUCGCCUUCUGUUAUGCUUGUGCAAAAUUGUUCCACUUGGUAUGGGUUGCAUCUUAUUUAAGUAGGUAGAAGAUUUGUAAGAAAUGUCUGUCUGAUACAGUAUCUGAGCUCAUUCUAAAGAUGCAUAAGUGUCCCCAUUUUUUAAUAUUUUUCUAGUAUAGGAGAAACCAAGUCAGAAGCAAGGUACCCGGUGUAAUAUACUAUAAGAAAAAAAACAGUCACUAAUUUGACUGCCCUGUGACAGAAUAACUUUGUGCCCUCUAUUUAAAAGUUUUAAUUUAUUGUAUUGGUUUCCUGAAAAUGUUUAUCCAUUAAAUUUUGUUGUAAGCUAUAUAUAUAGCAUAGAAUUAAAAUGGAAAGUUCUACGCUAAAUAAUUUUUAACUAUUGAAGAAUUAUAUUGUAUAAUAUACUUUGUUCUAUGGACAUUUGAAACAGAUCAGCUAUGAACUAUUAAAUGAAAAGGGAUUCAGGCAACGUGAAAUCCUGGCUUAUGACUUAGUAAUGAACAAGAACCUACAAUGCCAAAUGAAAGAUAGAGUUUUAAAUAUUUUUAGAAAACAGAAUAAUAUUAGGAGGGCUGUGGCCCUGUUACUUAUAUUUCUAGAUUUGAUGCUGAAGUCAAUAUUAUCCCUCAGCAAAAAAGAAAUUUUACAAGAAUCUCUGAAUCUGAACUGAACUGAAAAAGAAUAAUGUGGUAGCUUUAAUCUCAGUUAUAUUUUAAGCCAUUUGCAACAAAUAAAAAUUCUUUUUUAUAAUUCUUUAACUUCCAUAUGAUGAGGUCAUUAGCUGAGUUGCUGGCUAGUUAGAAGGUUAUAUUGAACUCAGCACUUAAUGUCCAAAAAAUAAAAUAAUUCAUCCAUUAUACUGAAAGAAAUUUUCUUCAUAGUUAAGUUGUAAACAAAAAUAGCAUUUGCCCUGUUAUUCUGAGGGAAAUCAGAAUUAGAGUUUAUGCAGCAUUAUAUAGCAUUGGUACGUCACAUACUUAAAUAUUCUUAUGUAAAAUUGCCAUAGCAGUUCAAGUUCAAAAGUCCCAUUUAUACCACAAUUAAGUGUGGGAUAUGUAUUGGUCAUGUGUCUUUACUGUUUUGAUUACAAACACAGGCAAGAAUAAUAGGUCUCACCAAAAUUUUCCUCUGCACUGGCUUGUUGUUUAUUAACUAGCUGCACUGGGGGAAAAAAUUGCAACAAAGUACCUAUUAAUUAAUUGGCCAUCAGCGACUCAGUGGCUUUUGGCUUCUCCAAAGCCAGGAUAAAGUUAACCAAAAACUGCUUGGGAAAGAGAACAGCACUGAAUCCUUUCUGCAGCAUAAAUCAGUCAUUUAAAUUUUUCUACCUGUUGUGGUAUAAAUGGCCUUUAAAAUAUUUUUAUAUGGCCAAACAAAGCAAAACUGCUUAAUAUUUUACUUUGGGUUAUGAAGAUCUGUAUCAUCCUUAAGAGUUUUUUAAAGAAGUUUUUGUAUGUUUCAUGCUGUACAAAACAUGAAUGUAUCUUUCAGACAUAAUGACUUAUAGACCUAUAUGUGAUUGGUGUUAUGACUGUUGGAUUUUAUGAAUAAUUAUUUUCAUACCAUUUGAUUAGGAAAAAUGUUGGGUGGGUGUGGGAAAGAGUAUGUUUCUAACACUUCCAUGAUACAAAUCCAGUUAAAGAAAAAAAAAGAGUAGUUUUCAUUGUAAAUAAGAGCAAUAUUAUGACAAAUUUGUGCCAAUGUAAAAUGUUAAGAUUUUUGUUUUUACUUUUAGAUUCAGAUUGAAAACUACCACUACCAUCUCUUGUUUAAAAUGGAUUUGAAGGGGUUUUUUAGUAGAAAGACAUGGGGCUCUAGUGGGGGCUUUGAGUGGUUUUUGGGAGCAUUUUUUAUUUUUGCUAAAUAUGAAAUAAGAUACAGGUAUUGUUUAAUAAACCACCUACAGACUGUCAGCCAGUCCACUUCGAGAAAUACUGCAUUAGAUAUCCCAGGUAACUGAGGGCUGAAAAUUUCAUUUAUCCUGAAUUUGGAAGCAUUUGGUAUUUUUAAUCACUUGUAGGUCUUAAGCAGUAAAAUACUGCUUUUAUGCAUUUCAUUUUAUCUAUUCUCUCCCUGUUAUGAUAAAGAGAACGCCCGGGGUGUUUCUCACUAGAUUUAAUGCUAGCUGACAUUUCUUCCACGUUUCUCUGUUAAAUCUCAAAAGCUUAUAUGCCAUAUAGAUAAAGCAAUAACACUUCUUCUAGAAUAUCUGAUUACAGUCUGGCACACCAUCUAGUAAAGAAAGGGUGAGAAAGCAGUUGGGACAUUAAGGAACAUGAGGAAGUUGUUAUGGAACUUGUGUAGUUGGCAACUUUCCGUGGAGACCUUCCAAAAAGCUUCAUGGUACCUGGAAGGACCAAAAUACAGCAGAUGUGCUGCAGUUGUGCUGCCCAGGGAAACAGGACGAAGGGAAGGUCUGGCAUGAGAGAUGCUGGAGCUCCAGGUAUGCUGUGGAGCUGAAUUAUGUGAUAUUUUUAUGCUUAUGCAGUGUGUGCAGGUAUGUGGGUGAUGUUUGGUGGCUCAGGGAAUUAGCAUGAGCAUGAAAAGCUCUACAGAUCCACCAAGCUCUACAAUUUCCGAGCAAAAAAAGGUUGUCCAGUACAUAUGCUAUAGUUAUGACUGUAGAGCCUCUGUGCAGGCAAUCAGCAAGCCCCUCAGCCCUGAGGAUAAGAGGAGUGAUUUGGUUAUGGUCCACAUGAAAAUUUUGCAUAUUUGGACUUCUAGUUAGUAGAGGAACAAUGUCCUCUAAUAUAAAUUGCAGUCUUUUUCUAGCUCACAUCUCAGGUCCCCAGUUAGCUUGGUUGGGUGUAUUUGCCAAUUCUAGUGUACCCAUCUUUUGUCUUGAGACUGAAAAAGUUCUUUCCCAUUGCUACUUCUAGUGCUAGGAUCCAGUAUUAAGAUCUGAUAAAAACAUAUUCAUUGAUUAAUUGUGGAUCUUGCAUGAAUAUGCAGGUAUUUAUAAUUAGUGGUGAUUGGGAAGCUGUUAGAAGGAGGAAAUGGUUGGUUUGUUUCAGUGUAACUGUUCUGUCCAGUCUCUGUUAUCCCACUGCACUUAGUCACUUCUUUGUUUAGAAGUCUGCAAAGAAGGCCAGUUCCUUAUCACUGGAUUUUACCUCUGUGCUUGUUACACCCACAGGGGUCUAUCUUUUCAUAGGGCUUCUCCUGAGAUCUCAAUGGUUAAAAGGAGACAUCAAUGACUUUCUUAAAAAAAUAUGCUGAAAUAUUGAACUUUUAAAAUUUAGACAUUUUGAUUAGUAGCCUUAUUUUAAAAAGCCACUAAAAUAUCUGAUUCUACUCUGCUGUAGCAAGAAUGAUGGUUCACAGACUGGCUGGCAGCUUGUUGGUUGUGGUAUUUCAUAUUUAGCAAGCUUACACAUUUUAAAGGAUAAUUUUUUUCAAAGUGUUUUGAUGUUUGAAUAGUAGCACUUUAUGUCAUGCUUACUACUGACUGAACUAUUGGACAAAAUAAAUUGGGUUUGGAGAGAGAUGCCUAAUGGGUUUCUGUACAGAGAUGAUUCGGCUUACGCCCUGGUAUGAAGGCUUUCUGUUGUUCCAGCCAUUUCUUUUUGAUUGUUCAUGUGUUUCUGAGGGAUUUUCAGAAAAUAGGUAUUAAUAAGAUAAUUCUAUCAUCUCAAUUUUCCUGUCUUAAUACAAAUAUGAAGCCUACAUUUGGGAAAAAAACAAAAAAGGAAAAAAAAAAGGUGCAAAUAGAAACUUACAGGGUACUGUAAAUUUAUGUGCUCUCUCUCAGCUAGCUGCAAAUUAGCUAUGUUUACUGUAAAUGUUUCUGCUAAGCAUUAUUUUUAAGAUUAGAUCAAUUACCUGGAAAUCAGUAUUCUGGUUUGUUGUUUUUUUUUUUUUUUUACUUAACUUAUUUGAAUUUUCAUAACUAUAGAUAAUGCACAACAAAUUUUAAGGAAGUUGUCACCCUUUUGCACCUAGGCCAGGGGCCUGAGAUGUGAGUGAAAGGGUUAAACAGUUUAUGUUAAGCUGUUUUGUUCUUUAACUAGAAUAUAUCCACAAGGACUAGACUAUAAAUGAUCCAGUGCAAUUAUCUCAGCACAUUGGGGCACCACAGUAACAACCCAUAAUAAUCUUACAGGAAAAUUAAGGUAAGAGAGUGAAGGUUUUAUCUUAUCCAGUGUAUCCAGAUUUGUUUUCCAUUUGGUUUGCUUCAUUUACCAGUGAUCCCAUUUUCACCAGCCAGUUUGGCAGGGCUGUUUGUGUAAGGUUUGGGCUUUUUUUCUGUAACGGGUGCUAUACUAUGUGUAAAUACAAAGGGAAGAGUAUUAUUUAGUUCAUCAUUAACAAUCAGAUGGUGACAAUAUUUUUGCCAGUUACUUCUGGUAAUGAAUUUCCAUUUCCAGCUGUGGAUUUCAGUUGUCAAAUAUCUUCUCAAGUUUCAUACUGCUGAAUGAUGGACUGCAAGUGUGGAGUAAAUAAUCUCAGAGUUGAACAGCUCUUGCAUUGUUUAGACUAACUCUUGUGUAUCUUUAUUAAUACUGGGGGGAUGCAAAGGCUCUUCCCGUAAGUAGACUUCUGCCUAUAAAUUUGUUUAAAAGCACAUGAGGGGGAGGGAAAAAACAAACCAACAACCUAAAUGCAUCAUCUUGGCUAAGCAGCCAGGACGGUUGAUUGGAAAAUGAUGGAAACUUGAAAUUGGUCAACACUGGACAAUGUGAAAAUAAAUUCAGCUUUUGUCACUGCAGCUACUGUAUGCUUUAAAGGGCCUUAUGUAUUUGUCCUCAUUUUGAUAAAAUUAAAAUUCUUGCCAUUAAAAUUAUACACUAAUUUCUACCGAAAACCAGCAGUUCCCAGGAUAAAUAUGCUAAUUAACAUUUAACAAGUCUUGUUUUAGUCUUAAGUAAAAUUUCAUUCUAUUAUGUGAAAAAAUGCUGUUAUGCAUAUUUUGUGGAUAUAUUUAAUUUCAGUUGACAAAUAGUUGUCUAGGUACAGACUUGAAAAUAUAUAUAUAGUUUACUUGUGGAUCUUAAUUGUUUAAUUGCAAAAUAAAGAUGUGCUUUAGUAAUUUAAA